UGGACAGCCAAUGAGGGACAGCGGAAUGCUUGUUCACACUGCUCUCAGAGCUCAAGUGAUGUCACAGGCUCCCCAGACACAAUCUGCCUCUCACACACUCGCACCAUGUACUGCCUCGCCACCACUAUGGAGGCUUCCAACAUCCACCAGCAAGGCCAUCCAGCACACAAAACAACAGCCAGAAGUAGGGAAAAGAGGAUGAGUCUUCAGGAUCUCACCCGAGGCUUCAGUAACUUCACUCUGAGGGCGUCUCUUCGGAGGAAGUUUGGGGAACGCGCCUCACUCACAACAAGCAGUCGAGCACUCACUUUUUCAAAGGCGCUGGCAGCAUCCGAUGGAGAGCUAAAUGUGAUGGAGGGGGAUGUGCCGGUGGGGAGUAGUAACUGCUCCAGCAGCAACUCCAGCCUGCCCAGCGCACCCAGUGAGCGGCCCAGUGGAGUGGACCAGACGGCCAGCUGGGCUGUCAGCUUCGAGAGGUUGCUGGAGGAUCCCACUGGGGUGCAUUACUUCACCGCCUUCCUGAAGUCUGAGGUCAGCGCUGAGAACAUCCUCUUCUGGAAGGCAUGUGAGAAGUUCCGCAGGAUUCCUGCCUCUAACCAAGAUGAGCUUUACCGGCAGGCUUUCUCCAUCUACAAUGUCUACCUCUCGGACAAUGCCACGCUUCCGGUCAACAUCGACGACACGGCACGCGUGGCCGCACAGACCCUCAGCACUCCCCACCCAGACAUGUUCCAGAAAGCCCAGCAACAGAUUUUCAAGUUGAUGAAGUUUGACAGCUACACACGCUUCGUGCGUUCCCAGCUCUAUCAGAGCUGCAUGCUGGCGAACGUGGAGGGCAGGCCCCUGCCCGAAAUCGGCCCUCGCUCCAAGGCCCCCGCAGCGAAAAAGGCUGCCCUUGGAGAAGGUCCCUUCCUCAGGGACCAACAGAGGCUUGACCCAAAACAAAAAGAGAGGACCAAGAACAAGUCUGGAGAUGAGGAGAGGAGGAGACAAGGCCAAGGGCAGCGGUGGGACAGGCGGCAGGAGAAAGCAGGCUCAUGGGGAGAUCCUCUUGCCCCAGGAAAGAGUGGAGUAUAUACCCGCACUGAGCUGGAGCAGUUUGGGCCUCGGUCUCUGGACAGCGACCUGACCGGAGCGCUGCGAGCGGACAAGUACUGUUGCGUGUACCUGCCGGAUGGCACCGCCUCCCUGAUGCCAGCGCGGCCUGGCCUUAGCGUCCGUGAAAUGCUGGCGGGCCUCUGUGAGAAGAGAGGACUCCCCCUUAAAGACAUCACCAUCUACCUGCAGGGCAAAGACAAGAAACCUCUUUCCCUCGACCAGGACAGUGCGGUGCUCAAAGAUCAUCAGAUAGUACUGGAGCUUCGAGUCACAUUAGCGGUGAGAAUUGUGUUCAUGGGUAAAACGGUGACCAUUGUGGCAAAGUCUAACAAGACUCUCCAGGAAGCUCUCUCUACCAUCCUUCAGAAAUACAACAUGCGACCUCACGAGGCUUUCGUCACUCUAAACAGCAGCGGUGAGGUCUUAAACAUGAACAUGAAGGUGGCUUCACUUGCCAACAAGACUAUCAUACUGGAUAAAGCAAAAGGUGAUGUCCCGAACAGUGCUGUCAAAUUACCUGUGGCUGGCCCAGGGCUCCAAAUGAGAAGAGGGGGCAUCACGGAACAUGACAUGAGCUCUUCUGGAUCGGCGCCGCAAGGCAGGGGAAAUGCCAGACAGAGGAACCCUGGCCUCCGCAGAACCUACGAUAUGGACGGACUGGCCGAGCUGCUGAACCGGGCUCAGUGGUGCAGUGCAGAUGACCAGCGGGGCCUGCUGUCCAAGGAGCAUCUGGUCCUGCCCCAGUUCCUGCAGCAGCAGACCCUACCAGAGGAGGAGGCAGGAGCAUCCGCAGAGGAGGAGGACCAGGAUCAGGGUGGGGACCAGGGUCCGAGCCAGGAGCAGGAGCAGGAGCAGGGGUACAGACUGACGGAUCACCAGGGCCAAUCCACCGCUUCUUCCUUUGGCUGCCCAGCGGUGGAGGCGGCAGAGGCAGGCCCUAAUUCUGGGCCCGCAUCUGGAUUUGAUUUGCCCCCAGAAGAUUCCAUGGGCUCACUGCCCCCUGGUGGAGUGGUGGAGAACAGCAACCAGAGUGCAGAUCCUUCCCGGGAGACUGUGGUUUGAAGGCCAGAACAGAUGGACCUGUGUGAAUAUAGUAUAUAUUUUUGUCUCCUACAACUUUAAACUACAGUGACUGAUUGAUGACAAUGUGAGUAUUUAUUUGUUUAAAAAAAUGACUGGAAAUGUGAAAGAUGGAUUGUUGCUUUGCUUUGGGUUUUUUGCUUGUGUUGGAUUAUUCAGUACUUGAGAGCAGUCAAAUAAAUGACACAUUAAAGACUGCACUAUCCAGACUUCGCUGCCUAUGUGGAAUAGAAGCCAAAAAAAUAAGAUGUUUUCAGUAAUCCUUGAAUAUCUGAUGCCAGUCACGUGGCAGGAUUGUUAACUGGAUGGUAAGACUAUUGCAGUGUAUUCUUUCUACUGUCCUUUCUCUCGGUACGCUUUGGUUCUGUGAAAUGGGAACACUGUAAAUCUUUCUCUCCCUCUCUGUCUCUCUCUUUCGAUCUCUGUCUGUCUCUGUCUUUGUCUCUGUCUCUGUCUCUCUCUCUCUCUCUCUCUCUCUCUCUCUCUCUCUCUCUCUCUCUCUCUCUCUCUCUCUCUCUCUCUCUCUCUCUCUCUCUCUCUCUCUCUCUCUCUCUCUCUUACUCACAGCAAUUUCUCUCCUGUGCACAAUCAGAGUAUUUCUCUCUUCAGAAAUGUUACAGCAUAAUAAGGAUCUCUUAUCCACACUGUCAACUAUUGUCAGAUAAGAAUGUUUCUUUUCCUCACCAGACAACAGGGCAACACAUCUUACAGGUACUACUGAUUGUUUAAACUCCUCUCUGGAUUUCACUGAGAUAUAUAAAAAUCUAUCAAAAUGA